UUUGGUCAUUGUGUCCUCACCUUGAAAACUAAUUUUUAUAUGAGAAGCUUUUCAUUCUCAGAUGAACUGAAAAUGCCUGAUACAGUGCGUUUCCUCAAAAUCAUAAAGAAUCCUGAACUGAAAUCAUGUUUAAGACAAAGUUUGCUUGGAAAAUUGGACUCUGAUGAAAUUCUUGCCACAUUUUUUAACAAGGAAGAGUUGACUUACAAGGAGACAUUCUGUUUCACUAAAUCCAAACUUGCUGAAGUUAAAAUGUCCCCUAAAGAAAAGAUUAUAGAGAUUCUCCCUAAAACUGUGUCUGCAUUUGCAAACACUGACGGGGGAUAUUUGUUCAUUGGCUUAGAUGGGGACAACCAGCAAAUCAUUGGUUUUGAAGCAGAGAGGAGCGAUCUCGAUCAUCUAAAGAGUGAAAUAGAGAAGUGCAUCCAACAGCUGCCUGUCACUCACUUCUGUGAGGAGCAGGAGAAGAUAAAGUACACAUGCAAAUUCAUCCCAGUCCACAGACCUGGAGCUGUGUGUUCCUAUGUCUGUGCACUGAGAGUGGAGAGAUUCUGCUGUGCUGUGUUCUCUGCAGAUCCCGAUUCCUGGCAUGUGGAAGACAGCUGUGUGAAGAGGUUUACCACAGAGGAAUGGGUCAAGCUCCAGAUGGACACCCCACCAGGUUUUUCCAGGCGAAAAGAUAAACGGACCCUUCAGUCAAGCAUCCCACCCCUCUGUCCCUGGAGCUGGCGUGCUGAUGACAUUCCAGGGAUUCAGCAACAGAGUGAUCACCUCUCAGGUAAUUUCACUCUGGCUCCCUGUGUUGGUUGUUAUGACUAUGUUCAAGCCUCCUUGCUUAAACAGGGCUCAGUGUUGAAAUCUAUCUCCAUGGUUCCUGCACUGGGAUUGAUGUUCGUUUUCAGGUCCCUAGAUUAACUUUGUCUCAAACAGAAGCCAGCCCACACCAUUAUUCCAGCACACGCCUGUGCACAACAGCGAGAUAGCACCAGUCUACAUAUAACAUUCUGACACAGGAGGACAGACAAAAUGGACUUUCUCUCCAAUGCUCACCUUCCAAAUAGAAGGCAACUGUGUCCCUUCAAAUUCCUGUACUGGAUACAAGAUUUUCAAGAACCAUGAGUUUACACUCUGGCUGUAAUUGUCAGUCUAUGCUCACCAGGGAAGCCUGGCCUGCCUUGUGGUCUCCUCUGAGGCAUCCUCUCCCCAUCCCUGGAGCUCCAGGAAUGUGCUCUGCUCCCUC